CGCGCCUCUUGUCUUUUGAUAAAGGAGUCUUAUUCGGGCGACGGCAGACAUGGAGGAGCUGAGCGCCGUGGGAGAGCAGGUUUUUGAUGCGGAAUGCAUUUUAAACAAACGCCUGAGAAAGGGAAAGUUGGAGUUUCUGGUGAAGUGGAGGGGAUGGUCGUCCAAACACAACAGCUGGGAGCCCCAAGAAAACAUCCUUGACCCGAGACUGUUGGCUGCAUUCAACAAGAAAGAGCAAGAAAAGGAGCUUCUGAUGCGCAAGAAAGGGAAAAGGCCGAGGGGACGACCACGGAAAAUCCUGGAAAACGUGCCCGAAGCUCCAAAGUCAAGCAGCUCUUCGUCUGGCUCAUCUUCAUCAUCCUCUGAUUCCUCAUCCUCGUGCUCCUCCUCUUCAUCCUCAUCAGACGACGAUGACGACGAGGGCCACGCCAAGCAGGCAAACCCGGGCGUCAGAACACGAGACCAUCAUCCCGUCCCCCAGAAGAAGGCGCAGAUUGUCGUGGCCAAACAAGAGCCCCCAAAGAAACGGAGCAGGAAACCCCUGCCCCCCGACGUGAAGGAAUUUCAACAGAACAAGGGCCCUCGCAAAAUCCCGAAGACGUCCAAAGAUACCAAUCUUCCAGGAGCGAUCAAGAAGCCCGUUCACCCAGCAAGCUUCACAUUCAUGGGUUUUCAUCGAGGCUCGACCAGGGAUGCAGUGGGUGGUCAGAACAGGGGCUCUCUGACCCAGGGCGGGGCUGUUAAAAACUCCAUGAGCUCCGUGGGAUCUGGCAGGUCAGUCCAACCUGCCUCCCCCUCCCUAAACAAAUCCAGCCAGAGCAGGAAUGUCACUGAGGGUAAACUGUCCAUCUCCAGUGUGAACAGCAGUCUGGAUUUGAAAACAGCUGCUAGUAAAUCAAAAGGGGUAGCAGCGCUGAAUCUGAAUACAUCCAAACACCCAAUUCAAGGGACCACUCAGCAUACACUAAGUUCCCCCAAUGGACAAAAGAAACCCCAGGCCCCUGUGUCAACACUGCAGCGGAUAUCCAAUGCUAAAGCAGUGGCUUCCUUACCAUCUAAGAAUGCCUCCUCCAAUCAGGGUCCUGGCCUUCAGCCCCUCAACCUUCAGAACAAACUGGUGCAAAGCAACGAUGCCCCUGGAAAUGGCACUGCCCCAGUGUCAGGCCUGAGGAAUGCAACGAACCCAGCAAGAAAAACCACUGUCACACAAAAUCAGGAGUAUAAUCCCCCCAAGAGUCCAGCAGCCCCCGGAAGACUGCAGGCCAGAAAGAACCAGCCUGGAGCAGACAAGGUCAAAGAGGCGGCUGAAAUCCAGACCCCCAGAGUCCAAGGCAGGCUAGAGAAGAGCAGCGUGCAGAAGUCCUCCACCGAGGUCCAGAGCCAGCAAGAGAGGUCGGCCUCCAAGGACGGCAAAAAAGCCAAAAUGAACGACAUGAGCACGGGCGAAGACGAGAGCAGCUCAGACUCCGACCAGGACUACGCUGGACAGGAUCGCUCAGUAGCAGUCCAGAACCAGGACUGGAAGCCCACGCGGAGUCUGAUAGAACAUGUGUUUGUCACGGAUGUCACUGCUAAUCUAGUUACUGUCACAGUCAAGGAGUCGCCAACCAGUGUGGGCUUCUUCAGCAUUCGCAACUACUGACAGGACUCCACACUGCAAACCAGAUGGGACCCUGAAGCAAACACAGGGCUUUUGGGUUCGGAAGGAUUUAGAUAAACCUUUGGCUGGAGAAUUCCUGAGGAAUGUGUCAGGGAAUGGAGGUUAAUUUGCUCUUCAUCUUAUUUUAGGUAAAAGACCAAUUUUUAGGUUUAAAAAACAAGUUAUGGAUUGUGAUUAUUUAUUUGUCGGCAAAUUGUUCAAGAAGCGGCAGUGGAUGGAGGAAGAGAUGCAGAAGGUUGCAUUUUGGUCUCGCCGGAUCUUUGUGGUUUCAGUGAGCCCAAAAAUUUGAAAAAUAACUUAUUCAUGUUUGAAGUAUCAAGAUAAAACACCAACGCCCUGUGUAGGUCGCUGAACCUAUGCGCAAUACUGGCGCUCAUACAGCCAGUCAUGUUGCUCUCUUGUGUGUCUCUGUUGAGAUUAUCUGUUGUAUGACGUAUGACAACAGAUGAGAGGAAUGUCUAAGUGAAGAAAUGAUGAAAGGGUAGGCAUGGAUAGCGGUAGCUUCUUUUAUGGGUAGCAGACAUUUAGUUUGUCAGUGUCGUGAAUCCAUACCAAUCAAUAGCUGAUGUAAAGCAGUUUUUAAUUCUUAGUGUAGUAUUGUUUAUUUUUUAAUGUUUCAUAAAUUAGCUACCUCUUUUUUUUUCUCAACGUUUGCUGCAUAUGUAUAUUCAUUUCUCAUGGGAUAGGAAAAGCCUUUCCCUCCAGGGUAUACCAUCAUUGUGUGUGUCCAUAUAUGGUUUUUUUUAUAUAGCUAAUUGUAUUGGACUCUCGUGCGGGGUUGUGUUGGUACCAGCGCCCUGAUCGAACGGAAAGACCAGCUUCAUUUCUGGGUCAGGAAAAACUCCCAUCAGGACAGCCUCUGACUUUCACACUGUGUUGAACUGUGCGUGCCGUUAUCGCCUCUGUAAGGAGUUUCAUUCCACAGUGCAGCCAGUUUAUCGGCACAGUUUCCCAAACGGGCUGAAGCAUGUGGGGAGUCAGAUACAGUAUCUCGGUCCCUCCGCUACGUGCAGAUAAGGCUCUUGUCCUGGCAGAGGUUUGCUCUUCUGCCUGCGCAUCAGUUCUGCCCUUCAACAAGGUAUUCACCAGCAACUUUAAUCUUCUCAGACUCGUAAUUAAUAUGGACAAAGACCAGAGAAUAAGUGCUUGUGUUGAAAUGGCAGGAUGACCAUGGGCAGUCGCACUUGACGAUGCAGACAGUCGGAGCUUCCCAUGAGCCUUUUGAGUUCGCUGAAGGCUUUGAGACCACUUUGGGAAAGGACGGGUGUGGACGGUGCUCGACAGUAAGCAGCUCAGCAUUGUUUGUCGCUGACCACAAAGCACCAGAUGUCAUUCUGUCUGUUGCUACUGGCGUUUCAAACUGAAAUACCAGAUUUGGUUUUUUUUUUUUUUACUUGCAGCUGCAGACGUCACAUUUCACCCGCCUGCAUGGGUUCAGGAGCUGCAGGCCCGGCCUCCCAGAGAAAAAAGAAAAAAGGGUUUUAUCUGAUGUAACGGAAAAGAAACCACAACAAUGUGCGCUACUUUCUGCUCCCUCGAGAGGAGUUUAGCAACCAAGCACUUCGACUGAACUCUUCUGUCUAAUCCUGCUCUGCAGACUGUGCCUUUCUUUCUCUCAAAGACUUAACACAAAGGCAUUACCCCAAAGAUGGCUAGAAUUUCAGGUUGUUCAAUAAAGGAGUACCCCUAGAGCAUAGCAUGGAGACUGGACCAGUUUUAUUGUUUUGAAGCGGGAAAGGAAACCGCUGCUGGAAGACUUUUCACAAAUGCAUGGAAUAUUUUGAUGCCUUAGUGAAACAAUAAGAGUGGUUUAGGUUAAAGUUAGAGAAGUAGUUUCCAUUCAGGACCAGCUGAAAAACAAAGUGCAUCAGGCGGUAGGUAAAGAUUAGUCUAGGCACAAUCAGAAUGUCAUUUAUCACCACCAUGUGAUAGGCUAUGGGGUAAUGCAAGGUGUUUUAUAUGGAACAUUCUUUCUAAUGUAUCUGAUUUCUUAUUUGAUGAAAAGAACAAACUUGGUAUAAAUAUGUUUCCAGUUGUUUUUUUAUUUAGAUCUACUAACCAUCUCAUUGGAACAUUGUUCUCUUUAUAAUCUAUUUAUUUCAAAUCAAGAGCCUUUCAGGGUAGGACAGUGUCAGCAAUCCUUGUAUUGUGCCACUCGUCAAAUUGACUAAUAAAUGGUACAACCUUA